AUGAAUACCCCACCGACUCGUCGCAAAACAGUCACCCCUUCUCCAUUAUCUCAGUCUACAUCCGCACUACACACACAAACAUCUGAACCGAACAUCACCCGUAAACUCAGCAAACGCCGAAAACCCGUGCUCGGCAACCUCUUCGGCGGUCAGGACUCGUUGCAAGUGCCGGAUACAUCUGCGCGUCGUCACUCCACUCUCUCUCCCAACUCCGUCCCUAAUGCAUCCACUGUAGCGCUAUCAACCCAUUCUUCAUCCAAGAAGGAACGACGAACAAGUGUCCUAGGUCGACUGGUGAGGAAGUUCAGCAUCUUGACGAAGUCUACUCAAGAUCCGGGACCGACCAUCAGUGAAAGAGUAGAGGAUGAGCCACAUGAAGCUGCAGCGCCUUCUGAGCCCCGUCGCUCCUUUUUUUCCCAACGUCAGCCUUCACCAGAGAAGCUGUCAAUGGAGAAAAAGAAUUCGGAUCCAUCCAAGCGCGUACCCCCGCCACGGAUAGAUAUUGACUUGAUGUCACAGAUACCUGACAGGUCGGGACCUUCGAUAGAGCUAGAGCGCGAGAUUCCCGACCAUCGCUCGUCUAUCUCGUUAGAGGUUCCGUUUUCGCCUGGAAGGUUAACGAUAGCAAACCCAGAUUCGCCGAGUUCUGGAGGGAAUACGCCAAUCAGACAAAGCAUUGCGUUGCCGCCUUUGGACCUGCCACACAUAGAUGUUUCACCGCUGCUACAGCCUGUGCAACCACGUCACGAUCGGAAUACGAGCAAGGAGUCGGUGGCUCAGCCCAGUGGCAAGACAUCGCCCGUGAAACGCACGAGCCCCGCGCCCGCUCCUACACCUUCUGUUCCUAGCGUGGUCCGAUCUCCCCCACAGGCGGCGAGUGUUCAGUCACCUCCUCCAUCCAUCUAUAUUCGUUCUCCGUCUGCUCCCUCGUUGUCGUCAAUAGGUGCGCCCUCAUUGUUGACCGCGCCCGCGGCAGCCCCAGAGGUUAGAACGUUCCAUGCUUACUCCACCGCCACCGCCGCCAUCAUAUCAACGACGGAUGACUCACCCUUGUCCAAGGCAUCAGUCCUGGUCAACCCACCCACACCACACAAUCCCGACGAGUUACACCCAGACCUUCCAUCUGAGAUGCCCCCGAUCGAGAGGGUGCCGAGCAGGGCACCCUCACGGGAGAAUUCUCCCGUCAAAAAGGGCGAUGGGGAAGUACGCGUGGCAAAGUCUAACUCUUCGACGAGCCGGAAGACGGAGACGUUCAGGCUGAUGCGGAACCCAUCUGACAAGGUUACAUCGUCUGCGGAUACUAUCACCGCUGAGGGUGAGCACUGGACUGUUGUCAAUUCUUCUGACGCCCCUCGCCGGAGGCGAACAAAGGAGAAGCCCGUAGAGAAGAGCGAGAGGGUGGAAAGGGUAGAGAAGCCAUCGUCGCGGUCUUCGACGAAGGACCGUGAGAGUAGUAGAAGGGAUCAGCGAAGGCAGGAUAAGGUAGCUCAAGAAGCAGCAGAGAACCAGGCACGUGCGACUAGUAGUAGUCAAGGUCGGACGAAGCGGACAAAACCAGAAACAAUCGACUCCAGCUCCCUCUCGGGACGUCCUUCGCGAGCCCGUAGUCUCGACACCACCUCUCGUACGAGUGUUGGGCAGCCGAUGGUUUUCACGCUUCAAGGUGAUCCACCUCGUCAACGCAAGAGCGAUGACCGGCCACGCGAAUCGCACCACCCAAAGCCCAUCCGACCUGGUCCGAAUCCUAUUUCUGGUAUCGCGCGUGUCGAACGCCUGCCCUCAAACGCAAACCGUCCAACCUCCGAACUACCAUCUGCUGCAGACAUCAAUGCCCUUCGCGCACGCGAGGCAUGGGAAAUGGAACGCUUAUGGAAAGGAAGAAGCAUGCAUCACCAGGAGUCCAACGUGAUUGCCUCGCCACCCAGUCGUGAUUCACGGCAGGUCAACGGAGACUUCAGAGUAGAUGGUGCCGGGCACGGUUCGAGUCACACGUCGUACCUCGUUCAGCCGCUCCAAGCACAUCCCAUGCCUGCGAGCGUGUUUUAUGCCAACAUGCCAUCUGCGCCUCCCCCAAUCAUCUAUACUGCUUCUUCUCCGUAUGGACAGAUGCUUCAUCAGGCUUCCCACCAGUCUGCGUACCGAUCCCUACCCAACUCUUUCAUGUUUCCUUCUACAGAGUCUCCGGCAGAUCCUCCGUCUCGCCAGAACCCUCUACCACGCCCCCCACGUGAAUCAGACUAUCAACCCGCGCACUUGUCAACGCUUGCAGAUCGAGGCAGUGGAGCUUCCUCGGAUUAUUGGACGAACAAGUACCCACCAGUGCCCUCACAUUGA